CUAACAGGGUCCAACAUGAAAAAGUAUUUGAUGGUGAAAGAAAAUGUUCCAGCUGAAGAGUGUGUUCUGUGUGUAUCAGUGUGAGGAGAGAGACAGACGCCGGAAAGCUUCUCAGGAACAUAUUCAUGCGUAGUUGGCGUGAAACAGAAGAAGGGAGUGCAGUGGAGUGAUCUCACUGUCUGAAGUCAACACUGCUACAAGAAUCCAGCAUCAUGAAACUGAGUCCUCAACAAGCUCCACUCUAUGGAGAGUGUAUGCUGACUGUUCAGCUGGACGAUGAGGACGUGGGAGAGGAGGAUGAAGAGGAGGUGGAGUUCUAUCUUUUAUUCUUGGGGUCCACCCAGAGACAUCUAUCCAGCACACUGCGAGUCAGUCAUGUGACACUGCAAGCCGUGUGUCCAGCCCAUAAUGUGUGUGAGCAGGUCUUGGUGACAUUAUGUUUGGCUCGGCCUGGAGGACCAGUGGACACACACUCGCAGGAGAGCUUCUGCUUUGUUCAGGAUCUGGCUCUCGACAUGGCCCACUUCCUGCUUGACAACACAGCUCCACAGGAAGCACUAUUAUUGGAUGAUGAGCAGAUUCCGUUGAAAGAGUGCGAGAGGUUGGAUCAGAGCUUGGCGCUGGCCUUGAAACACCUCACUGUGUGCCACCAGAGGACUGCACCAAGACUGCACACACACACACUGACAGAUGUGGACAGACACAUGGAUAACCAGACAGCGCCACACACAGUGACAGACACACACACAGACACAGACAGACACAGCACAGAGACACGGCUGGACAACUGCAGUGGUGAGUUCACUUCACUGGCCUCAUGUCUACCAAUGAUAUGUGAAUAAUCACUUCUUGUAGGGAUAGAAACAAAGCAAAUUCCUCAAAUGAUUAUUGGACUGGUUAAUUAAUCAUCAAGAAAUGAACAUGUUGAAACUAUUGAUGUGGC